AUGGCGCCAGAUAAGCCGCUCCCGUUCUCCUCGGAGUUUAAAACUGCAGAAGAAUAUGUGGAUUCCUUGCUGGAUUUCGCGACCACAUCUACACUAUUCCAGACCCUGUGUGGCGGGGUCCAUAUCCUCGACUUCUUUACCAGAAAACCCGGGCUCUACGAAUCUGUGAUCCCAGAAGAAUGGCACUCAUGGCUUUCAAAUUGCAGUUCCAUGGAAUUACUCGACGCGCUCAUACGAGACGACCUGGAUAAUGUGUCAGGCCCGAGUCCCAGUCUUAUAAAAUACAUCAAAGACAUUCGGAAACACUCUCUGCAACGGCAGUAUGCCCCGAGGAAGCUCAAACAGAGCAAGUUGCCCAGGAAUGUUGCUGUGGGAAUGGUUCCCAAGAAAAUCCACGAGGUCACCAACUUCGCAGACUACGUGGACCGUCUCGCCGAAGACGUUGCUGUACAAACGAACAAGAAUAUUACUCAUUACAUAGAUUUUGGCAGCGGACAGAACUACCUUGGCCGGGCUCUGGCGAAUCCGCCUUAUAACAAACACAUCAUUGCAGUGGAGGGCCGGGAAAUCAAUAUCACCGGGGCGAAGAAUAUGGAUAUAUUUACGAGCCUCGCAGAGAGAGAGGUUGUAAUGCGGAACAAGAAGAUAUAUCGGCAGCAGAUGGACGAUGACAUGUCACAGGAUACGCAAAAGGAGAAGGAGGAAAGGAUAGCUGCAAAGUCCCAGACUAUAUCAACGGAGAAUGGGGCUGAUUUCAGACCAUAUAGGGACCUUGCGACUAUAUAUACGAGUGGAGAAGGCCAAGGGUCUAUUCAAUACGUCGAACAGCGCUUGAAUCAUGGAGAUCUUUCGGAAGUUAUCCCUCAAAUUGAUCAUGUGGAGGUAGAGUCGAAUCUCGCUGCUUCUGUUGCUGCCCUUGGGCUUGACGAUGGUAGCAAUCACCAAAGGCAAUGCGGAGGAGGCAUUGUUAAAAAGAGCCUUAUGACAAUAUCCAUUCACUCUUGCGGAAACCUUUCACAUCACGGCAUCCGCUCGCUCCUUUUAAACCCGUCGGUAAACGCAGUAGCAAUUGUUGGCUGCUGCUAUAACCUCCUUACCGAGCGCCUUGGGCCACCCACUUUCAAGAAUCCCAUCCUACGCCCAAAUCUCCAGGCGGUGAACGCCCGCACGGCCCGUGAGUCGGCAACAUUCGAUCCGCAUGGCUACCCGAUGAGUGAGCGAGUCGGGACCCAUAAUGGAGACGGAAUCCGCCUGAACAUUACUGCUCGCAUGAUGGCUGUUCAGGCGCCGCAGAACUGGACUGAGAAGGAAAGUGAUGCUUUCUUUACACGCCAUUACUACAGAGCGUUGCUGCAGAAGGUGUUUCUUGAUACUGGCGUCGUUGGCGCAGCACCGCCACCUCAUGACAGUGGAGAUGCUGGGUCGGAGUCACCGAAGACUGACCGCACAGAUCCAGUGAUUAUUGGCUCGUUACGGAAAGGAUGCUAUGUGUCUUUCGUGGAUUACGUUAAGGGUGCUGUUGAGAAGCUUACGCGCGAUCCUGUCCGCGGAAAGGAGAUUGCAGAGAAAAUGGGGACUUUGACAGAUGAAGACAUCGAAGUAUAUGCAAAGAAGUACGGCCCUAGGAAGAAGGAGCUCAGCAUAAUGUGGAGUCUCAUGGCUUUCAGUGCUGGAGUUGUCGAGAGCUUGAUAGUCACUGACAGAUGGCUGUUCCUGAGGGAGCAUCCAAAGUUGGUGAAGGACUGCUGGGUUGAAGCCGUUUUCGACUACAAGCAGAGUCCUAGAAAUUUGGUAGUGGUUGGUAUUAAGAGAUAA